AUCAGAGAUAAUGACAGGAUAUUGGAAUUAUUUUCGAGGUGAAACGCGGACAAUGUGAAUAUUUGCAAUAUACACUGUUUGUAAAUACGCGGAGAGAUACACGGAUAUUAUUUCGGAGUGGAUAACACCGAUAGGACACGUGGGAAUAUCUACGAACUGGCAUGUGAUGUGAUACAGCAUUGGUCUCAAUUUUGUCGUCCUGGGAUAAAUAAUCAAUGGAAAUUACACCGUAUCAAUUACCAGUGCUUUAUUGUUCUAUAGAUUUGUAAUAAAGAUUGUUUCGUAUCGACUUGUGGCCAUUCAGCUAAUACAACGUUAUAUUCAGGAAGGUUUGCAUUGAAUGUAUUAUGAUAUUUACAUGGAUAGUGAUAUUACAUCCUUCUUGCACGAUUCAUUCGGUGUGUUUCGUAACAUGUCACAGGAAAGUGUCCAGUUCAGUAUAUUACCAGUCACGCUAGGAUAGUUACAGUAAACAUCAUAUUUUAAUAAUUUCUGAUUUAGAGAUAUUGAUGUCAUUUUACCUUACUGAGGUCGCAAGCGCGGCUUGCUUCAUGACAGUUAAUGACAUUAAAUGAGGUCAUAAACCGAAAGUAGAACAGAUGCCUGAUAGAGAGCCUACAUAGCCCAAACUAUGGACAAAGGUUCACUAUGGAACACCAUGGAAUGUUAGACGUAUUAAAGAACUGAAUGUAAACAUCACUCACAGAUGACUAACCGUGAUAGAUAAAGAAUCUACCACUUAAAAGAGUCGAAGUGACAACACAAGCAGCUAUCAAAUACAUAGACUCCCAACGUGUUACUGUAGGUUGGGUAGUCGGUGUACAGUCACAGUACUUCGUACACUAAUGGAUACUCUCAUCAAGGAACGAUCAAUGCCGAAGAUUACCGGAUCCCAUCGGAACAUUCCCGCCAAUCGACAAGUACUUUCGGAACUUUUGUACGGAUACUAGUUUACAUGACAUAGCUUCCGGCGAUUACUGGUGUUUACAUGAGGACGUCUCUCUAGACUUUACAUUUAAUGUAUAUAUUUACAAGGCGACGACAUAAUUACGUAAAUGUAAUACCUAGAGGGCAGAUAUUUGAAUGACAUGCAACAUGUGCUUGAUAAAGGACAGUUUGAAACUCGUCGAAGAUUGACAGAUCGACAAAGAAAAUACCUGUCGGAAGAUUUACUUACCUGUACCUACACGAUAUCUGUUGUUACCUGUAUCAAAACAACUAUUAACUUCAGUGUUAGAUUUUGUUAAAAUCGAUGGUGUUAUUGACUACGCGAAUAUUCUGUGAAUAAGAACAACUUUAAUGGAAUCAUGUAUACAGGUUAAUACUGGACAACAACAGUUGUGGUGGGCCGAUUUCAAAUAAGAUUUGACAUUGACAAGAAAAUUGGAUUUGUAGUGUACCUGUUGGCGCUACCUACAUGUCAGACAGGAUGUCUUUUUUACCUGGAGGAACGAGACUUUCCAGUAUGAAAAGACAUAGUUUGGCUAACGUAGCUGAAGCAUGGAAGGGAGUCACCCACAGUAGCAGGCGACUAUCUAUGACGUCGCAGAUACGUUUGUCUGCCGGAAAUGUUCUCGAUUAUGCGUCUAAAAAUGAGACACUUGAAAGUAUACAGAUAGCAGUAAUACAGCUCUUCCAGAGGAAGAAACUGCAGGAGGGAGAAUUAGCUGUCUUACAGGAAACGCUUAGAAACCUGAUCAAAUCUGACGCAGGACCUCUAAUAUUUGAUUAUUACAAAGACAAGUUGUUGAAGAAAGGAAUGGUGAUCCUGAGAGAGGGAAUGAAAAAUGAUUUAGGAUCUGUAUUACUGAAAAAGAUGGGCGAGCAGUGGUCUUACCUUCAAUGCGAGAUCCUCCCUACAUUACAAGCUAUGUUUUAUCCACUUCCGACAAAGGAUACUUCCAUACGAAAAGCGACUUUACUGGAAUUCCGUGACGUCGUCGUUCUUAAGGUUGGAAUAGAAGAGUCGCUGGGGUCAGUUUUGCCAGAUGAAGUCCCUGCAGCUAUACGUCAGAUGUUUUUAGUCUUAUUGAGUGUACACGACGGUUCACCUCCCACCGAGAACUAUGCUAGACUUGAACGUUUGGCUGCCAGAGUAAUCUCCCCUUACCUUGGAUUUUUCGGUCUAUAUGAAGGUUCAAGUACCCCAGUCGUGAAAACAUCGUUGAAGCCAGCGACUAGACUUCUCCAAACAGAAAAAACGGAGGCUUAUGACCUUGACACGCGACCUUCAAGGCCAAAGUCCGCAAACAUUCCCUCUCUAAAGUCACCACAUAAUAGAUUAGGGAACGGACACAAUCUCUUUAGUAAUCACUUUCUUGCGCCUGUCAGAGAACAAGACAGUUUAGGCGGAAGAAGACAUAGCAUACAGACGUGACGUCAAUGGUUCUAUUUUGCCUUCUAUUAUGACGUCAGUGAUAAAUGUUAUUUAAUUGAUAUGUGAUAUCUGAUCGGAUAGUGAGCUAUACACUACUGAUUAAACAUAACGACGAUUACUGGAUAUACUGAAUAAUCCGUGACGUCAUAUAAAUCACCAAAUUCAAUAUUCUGUAGAUAUUGAGACCGGAAUUACAUCUCUGAUUAUGUCAUUGUGGUUGGCAAACUUCCUAGAAGCAGAUUUUGCAGCUUUUCGAUUGGAUAAUUCGAUAAUGUGUUCGCAUGUUUGCCAAAUAUAACAGCGGUUGCUAUCAUCAACCUAUCAGUAUUAUAUUGUGUAUUUCAUUCCAAGGGAAACAGGAUUAUUGUUAUCGUAAGUGCAAGCUUGGCACCACACGAAUGAAACACAUCAAGAAUCAGAACAACAGUUUUACAGUGAAGAUCUCUUAUUAAAUUAACAGUAUCUAUCUCCCCUUAGCAGUGUUCGCAGUCCAAGUAUAAGAUUUUCAAGGUUCAGCAUUCAGCACCAUGAUGUUUGAUCUUAUUAAGAUGUAGAUAGAAAUAAUCCAACGCCCAAACACUGUGUUUGAGUUAAGGACUUGGUCAAAAUAUAUCAUACAAGGAUUGAGACUUCUUGUGUACUCAACCUGGAAUUAUUGUUCAUACCACAUAUCUUAACACAUGUAAGAUAUGCAGCGAAAUGGAUGACGCUAUUCUUAGACAAUAAGUUUGCUGCAUACAGUGAUGACGCGCUGGAUGGUGUUUUCUCCUAGACAGACGGGUUUGUCGGCAAAUGGAAUUUUUCUUGUUAUCUGUUGCAUUAAGUAUAGAUGAUACUGCUAAAUACUUAACUAAGCUACGCACACUCAAACACAUGCCAAAACAGUUGUAGUCAGACUGUUUCUGCAACAGGAAAUUAUGAAAUAAUCAACCUUUCUCAUUCACCGAAAAUAUUAUUGCGACGUAAAUCGUCAGCAAUGUUGUUAAAUGAUAGUGGCGAGGACAGUGGAAUACUAAGUGAAGCCGGGUUUUUUACCAAAUACAUCGUUGAUAAAUGGUAAAUAGCAGUGAUUAUUUUGGUACAAAGGCAGAGAGGAAAAAGCCCUCACAAACUUCGUAAAAUAAAAUAAACGAAAGUUACUCAGUAGAAUGCAUCCUACAAGGUAUUUAUACAUAAUAGUAAAUGUUAAUGUGGUUCCUCAAACGAGCACAAGAAGCAGUAAGGUUUUUUAAAACUAUGACAGCUGGUACUAUCUCCGAACUACUUCAUCUGACUACAUAGAUAUGCAGUUAAUGAGAAUAUUUUAAUUAAAUUCCCCACCUGAAGUUCAUAUCCUGUAUACAAGAGUUCAAAAAUUGUUCAAGGAUUUGGUAAGGAAAUAGUAUUAUGUGUGUAAUUUACAGUUCGUCUGUCUGCCAUUCCUUAAUAUGCAAAGGUCAAUAAUAAUGUCUACAGAGCAGGUUCUCGUUGUCAUGGAAUUGCAUGUCAUUAGUAACAUUGUGGUAAACUUUAGUGUGUUAUAUCUGAAUUGUCAUUUUAAAUAAUUUUGGUCAAAAUGUUCAUAUUAUAACGAUACAGUCAAUUCCUGACUGGCGAAGCCAAUGUCUAACGCCACAGGGUAUAUUACAUAAGUGACAUAUAACUAAUGCAUAAUAGUAUUCCUUUGAUGAGUUUGAUUUGCGUACACUGAAGAAUAUUUGUCAAAGAACAAUAUUGCUGCGUACGCUUAUCCGUCAGACAUUCCCUAUGGUGAUAUAACCAUUGGAAAUUCCAUGAUCAAUUUUUUGUGAUAAUAUUAUAUACUUUAGUAUUUAUAUAAAGUUGUGUGUUAUCAAUUACCUGUAAUACAAGCAUGUCCAUGUACAUACAUUUUUCAGGACAAAACUCUUCUAGUGAUGUAAGUUAUUUUGCUCUGUACAUUGUAAUGCUUAAUCGUUAAUAUUUCUUGUUUUGUUUAUAUUAAAAACAAUGCAUUUUCCCACAUAUUUAGGAAAGUGAUGGGAAAGUUUUUCUGUUUUUCGGGAGUCUUUUUGCCCUUUGCCUAUUGAAGUUAAGUUUGGAUAAUGAUUCUGUUAACAUGCUGGUAUUUUCUUUGUUUGUUUAAACCUAUUUAAACAGUUCUUGUUAACAUUGGAUUUACUUCGUUUUGAAAACACUUUUUCUGGUGUAAUUUGCUGUAGAUUCUGCUAUUUCAGUUGUAUCAACCGUGUUGUCAAAUGCUUUGUUACGUAACAAAAAUAUCAAAAAUGGUAUUACUGGAAAUGAUUGGUUCUGAGAAUAUUUGCAAGGAAAUGUGUAAGAAACAUACUUUUACAUUCCUUUCCAUUCAGUGUGAGAUAUGUGAUAGUAGAGCCAUAUUCUUCCGGAUUAGAGUGUAAGUUAACAAUAAUAAACAAUAUCAUUUUAGAGUUUCUUGAUGAAGUAUAUUUCACUGACUGGCGUGUAAACUCCGAUGUUUUACACGAGUGUAUUGCAUCAUAUUCACACCUUUUUUAGUUCAUUGAUUCCAGCUUUGACAUGCCAGCUUUGUUUAUAUGAAUGUUCUACCAUCGUUAUUCUACCAGAUAGUAUAAUUUCAAAUCCAAGGCACCAGUCUUCAAAUAAUUUAUGAUGAAGUAAGUAAAUACAACACACUUAUUGAUUAAUUCAGUUAAUUAAGUGAGAGUUUCCUGUCAUAUUUAAAAGACAGAGUUAUCUUUCCUGAAGUCCGUAAGGCACUCUGGGCAAUUUUAUUUUUACUGCGAAUGCAGUGAUCUGAUUAAUCAAAAAAGUUGUUAUUUUCACGCAGUCAAAAAGGCUGUUUUUUGAUGUUAUGGUUUUCAAGAUCUUUGUAUUAAUUAAACGUUCAAGUAAACUCUUUUUUAUCAAAAGAUGCUAGAUGUAAAUAAAUCAGCACUCCUCCAUAGACACUAAGUCAAUCUUUUUAGUGAUGUAUUCCUCGCUCUAAGGGAAUUUACCUUCUUUCCAAUAAUUUUGCAUUCCCCUUUCAAUUAAACACUUUAAAAUAAUUGCAUGGCAGUAUUUCUCGUGUUAAGAAAGUCAUUAAUUUUUAAAAGUCUGUCAUUCGAAAGCUCAAAAAAAAAAAAAAGAACAAAUAAAAAAAAUCAGAGAUUCCUCAAAUUACGCAGCAAAGUUUGUAUCUUCAAGACUAGAAGCAGCAGAAAAAUUGUGACAUGGAAGUGAUGACAAAAUAAUUAAAAGGCAAAUAUUGAACAUGAAUACGCUGUUUUCCUAAAUUUAUAAGAUAUGACUAUGCUUAUAUCAUACGAAUUAGUUAAAAUCAUAUUACAACAAUAGUCUACAUGAGUAGAGUACCUACAUGUAGUUAAUUUAUCAAUUUAUCCCUACUUUACUUUGUAACACUACUCGGAAUAGUUUCAAAAUGUUUACCGUUGAAUGAUUCUAAUCUAUAAAUAGAUUUCAAUGUUAAUAACAUUUCAGAAAACAGAUCUGCAAUGUCCGUUUUCAGUUUUGAGGUGUUCACUCCCGUAUGUGGUUUUAUGGAGCCGCGGUAUGUUAUACACUGAUAAGAUUUAUGAUGUAAAACGCAUAUUACAAAACAGGAAAUGAAAGCACACGUCACACUAGACGGUGUUUAAGUGCAUGGAAUAUUUUACAUGUUUGUAAUGGUAGCAAACAAGGGAUGUAAAUUAUUACACACAGAUAUAUUGUUAUGGCAGCUAGUAUAUUGCAAACGUUCUGAUUAAUCAUUUUGUUAAAUAAACAUGUUCAAAAUGUUA